AUGUCUAAAUCAGAAGAACAUAACGAAACGGCAAUAACUCCUGAAUUUUCGCCUGAGUUAUCCCCAACUGAAUCUCCAUCUCCAUCAGGUGGUCUUCCAGCCAAGUUAGAAGAUGAAGCAUUGAAAGACUAUGUUCUCCACCCCGAGGAUGAAGAACCUAUUAUCGACCUCCCCAAGAAGCCAGCUUCUGCCUACAUUUCAGUGGCGAUCAUGUGUGUUAUGAUUGCAUUUGGUGGGUUUGUUUUUGGCUGGGAUACCGGUACGAUUUCCGGCUUUGUUAACCAAAGCGAUUGGAUUAGAAGGUUCGGUACACAGAGAAGUGAUGGUACUUAUUAUUUGUCCAAAGUUCGUAUGGGUCUAGUGGUCUCAAUCUUUAACGUUGGUUGUGCCAUUGGUGGUUUGACUCUUUCAAAGAUCGGUGACAUUUACGGUAGAAAAAUUGGCCUUAUUUCCGUGGUCGUGGUUUAUGUGGUCGGAAUUGUUAUCCAAAUUGCUUCUGUCGACAAAUGGUAUCAAUAUUUCAUUGGUAGAAUCAUUUCAGGUCUUGGUGUUGGUGGUACCGCUGUGCUUUCACCUAUGUUAAUCUCUGAAGUUUCUCCAAAACACAUUAGAGGUUCAUUGGUUUCUUGUUACCAAUUGAUGAUUACAGCUGUUAUCUUUUUAGGCUACUGUACUAAUUACGGUACCAAGAACUACACUAAUUCUGUCCAAUGGCGUGUACCUUUAGGUCUUUGCUUUGCCUGGGCGCUUUUCAUGAUCGGCGGUAUGACCUUUGUUCCUGAAUCCCCACGUUUUUUGAUUUCAGUUGGUAAAAUCGAAGAAGCCAAGAGAUCAUUAUCCAAGUCAAAUAAAAUUUCCACUGAAGAUCCAGGUCUUUUGGCAGAAUUGGAAAACAUCCAAGCAAGUGUCGAAGAAGAAAAACUUGCAGGUUCUGCAUCAUGGAGUGAAAUGUUUUCUCCAAAGACCAAAGUUUUACAAAGAAUGAUUAUGGGUAUCGCAUUACAAUCCUUACAACAAUUAACUGGUGACAACUACUUUUUCUACUACGGUACUACGAUUUUCAAGUCUGUUGGAUUAGAGGAUUCAUUCCAAACUUCGAUCAUUAUUGGUGUGGUUAACUUUUUCUGCACAUUCCUUUCUCUUUUCACAGUUGACAGAUUUGGUCGUCGUAAGUGUUUAUUGUGGGGUGCCAUUGGUAUGGUUUGCUGCUUUGCAGUCUUCGCUUCCGUUGGUGUCACUAGAUUAUGGCCAAAUGGUCAAGGUAAUGGUUCUUCCAAGGGUGCCGGUAACUGUAUGAUUUGCUUCACAAUGUUUUACAUCUUCUGCUUUGCAACUACUUGGGCCCCACUAUGUUACGUCAUCGUUUCUGAAAGUUACCCAUUGAGAGUUAAAUCCAAAGGUAUGGCUUUGGCUACAGCGGCAAAUUGGCUAUGGGGGUUCCUUAUCAGUUUCUUCACACCUUUCAUCACGGAUGCUAUUAAUUUCUACUACGGUUACGUUUUCAUGGGAUGUUUGGUAUUUGCCUACUUCUACGUCUUCUUCUUUGUUCCUGAGACUAAAGGUUUAACCUUAGAAGAAGUCAAUGAAAUGUGGAUGGAUAACGUUUUGCCAUGGAAAUCUCCUGAUUGGGUUCCAUCAUCUAGGAGAAAUGUAGACUACGAUGCAAACGCAAUGUCUCACGAUGACAAACCAUUCUACAAGAAACUAUUGGGAUAA